UCCUCCCACUUUGCGGCGUAGCAGUUUGGGAUGGGAAAGGAGACGUUUAUGAAAGAGAGUCUGACUGACUGAACCACAACUACAAUUCCCAGAAUGCACGGGAAAAGCAGUUAGGGGUGUCCCGUUACCGCCCCUCUUUCCCAAACUCUACGGAGACCCGCGGCUUCUGAGCGGAAGUAUUCCUCUGGGGCGCGGAGGUUUAGGGGUUUUUUUUCCCUACUUCGGUGGAACUGCCUGUGGGAUGUCGGUGCAGUAAGAGCUCUUGGACCGUAUCUGCUACCUAGUAGUACUUCAUAAAUAUUGAUUGAAGGGCACAUCCUCCAGCUUAUUCGGAACAAUACCCAGUUUUGGUCAAACUAUGUAGGAAGGAGGAGGGAGGAACUGGAAGAUAGUAUCCCAGCUGGCACAGGCAGAGAAUCUGAAUCAACUCCAAAGAAGUGUCCCUAGCCACUGAGGAUAGCCGGCCCAUUCUUUCUAGCACUGAAGAACACGUGAAGCUUAGUAUAUGACUCGUAGUCACCUUCCGUAACACGAUUCUUUCCCCCCGCUCUGGGUGCGAGUGGUGUGCUUGAAGUCUGAAGAAAGUUUUUUAGAGAUCUUUCUGGGACCUUCUCUGCAGCACGUCAACCCCAGCUUUUCGGAUCAUUACACUGUGAUCCUGAACGCCUGGCCUUUACCAUCAUUAGGAAGAUAGCCUCUUUAGAGCUGAGAUUGAUCCAGUAAUCCUUGCCACUGACAAGGAGUAACACGAUCCAGAUUGACUGAAGAGAUUUGUCUUGCAGCUCUGCCAAAUCUUGAGAGUCUCCGAGGUUGUAGCGUUCGCGCUUUCAGUGAAUUUAGAGCUAGAAAGGAUCUAAUCCAGUCAUAUUAUUUUUACCAAUGAGAGAACUGAGGAAAAGCAGAUAGACCAGAGAUGCACACCAAAGAAAUUCUUAAUGGAGGUUGCAUAGGCUCAGAAAACUAUGAACUCUUCAGAGAGCUGGGUCCUUAGUGGUUCCUCAUUAGCAUCCCAAGUUCACGCUGCUGCUGUUAAUGGAGAUAAGAGUGCUCUCCAAAAGCUGAUAGCAGGAAACCGUGAUCUCAAAGACAAAGAAGAUCAGUUUGGGAGAACCCCUCUCAUGUAUUGUGUGUUGGCUGACCGUGUUGAUUGUGCAGAUGCCCUCCUGAAAGCAGGAGCAGAUGUUAAUAAAGCUGAUCACAGUCAAAGAACAGCACUCCACCUUGCAGCACAAAAGGGAAAUUAUCGUUUCAUGAAACUCUUACUCACUCGUCGAGCAAACUGGAUGCAAAAGGACUUAGAAGAAAUGACUCCACUGCAUUUGACAACUCGUCAUAAAAAUCCUAAAUGUUUGGCUCUUUUGUUAAAAUUUAUGGCACCAGGAGAAGUGGAUACACAGGACAAAAAUAAGCAAACUGCUCUGCAUUGGAGUGCCUAUUACAACAACCCAGAGCAUGUGAAACUUCUAAUAAAACAUGAUUCUAAUAUUGGAAUCCCUGAUAUUGAAGGAAAGAUACCACUUCAUUGGGCAGCUAACCACAAAGAGCCUAGUGCUGUCCAUACUGUCAGAUGUAUCCUGGAUGCUGCUCCAACUGAAUCUUUACUGAACUGGCAGGAUUACGAAGGACGAACACCUCUUCAUUUUGCAGUAGCUGACGGCAAUGUGACGGUGGUCGACGUCUUGACCUCCUACGAAAGCUGCAAUAUCACAUCUUAUGAUAACUUAUUUCGGACACCCCUUCACUGGGCGGCCUUACUUGGUCAUGCGCAAAUUGUCCAUCUCCUUCUGGAAAGAAACAAGUUGGGAACCAUUCCAUCUGAUAGCCAAGGAGCAACACCACUCCAUUAUGCAUCUCAGAGUAAUUUUGCAGAGACAGUGGAAGUAUUUUUGAAACAUCCUUCUGUGAAGGAUGAUUCAGACCUCGAGGGAAGAACAUCCUUUAUGUGGGCAGCAGGAAAAGGCAGUGAUGAUGUCCUUCGAACAAUGCUAAGUUUAAAAUUGGACAUCGAUAUUAACAUGACAGACAAAUAUGGAGGUACAGCUUUACAUGCAGCUGCCCUUUCUGGCCAUGUCAGCACUGUGAAGUUAUUAUUGGACCAUCAAGCUCAGGUGGAUGCUACAGACGUCAUGAAGCAUACUCCACUAUUCCGAGCCUGUGAAAUGGGGCACAAGGAAGUGAUUCAGACACUUAUAAAAGGAGGAGCAAGGGUGGAUCUAGUAGACCAAGAUGGCCAUUCUCUUCUUCACUGGGCAGCCCUGGGAGGAAAUGCUGAUGUUUGUCAAAUAUUGAUUGAAAAUAAAAUCAAUCCAAAUGUGCAAGACUAUGCAGGAAGGACCCCCUUGCAGUGUGCUGCCUAUGGAGGCUAUAUUAACUGCAUGGCCUUACUCAUGGAAAAUAAUGCCGACCCUAACAUACAAGACAAAGAGGGCAGAACAGCACUGCAUUGGUCCUGUAACAAUGGCUACCUUGAUGCUAUAAAACUGCUACUCAGUUUUGCAGCUUUUCCCAAUCAGAUGGAAAACAAUGAAGAAAGGUACACACCUCUUGAUUAUGCUUUGCUUGGGGAGCACCAUGAAGUAAUUCAAUUCAUGUUGGAACACGGAGCUUUGUCAAUAGCAGCUAUUCAAGACAUUGCUGCUUUCAAAAUCCAGGCUGUCUACAAAGGGUACAAGGUCAGGAAGGCAUUUCAGGACCGAAAAAAUCUCCUAAUGAAGCACGAACAGCUGAGAAAGGAUGCUGCAGCCAAAAAACGUGAAGAAGAAAGUAAGAGGAAAGAAGGAAAACACCCAAGGGGAACCCUGAGCCCAGUGAAAUGCCGAGGACCAGCACAGCAGCUUCCAGAGAAGCGAAAUCCAGCCAUCAGGCCUCCACCGCUGCCCAGCAAACCCACAGUUAUAAUUGGCAAGCAAUCAUUCUCCAGCAACGCUUCUCCAAGCCAAAUAGGAAAAAACCACAAAGGAUCCCCAGGAGUGUCCCCAGAGACAGCACACAGAAAAGAGCAAUUUCUUUAUACAGAAAGGCAAGGAGAAAAUCACCGAAGACAAAAAGAACCAACCAGAGAGCAUUCCAAAGGCAAAGUUCCUUCUGUCCAUUUUGGCCCCGAUGAAAGGGAUAAUGAAUGCAAACCUCAAGUGAACAUUUCUAAGUCAGAAGGUGAAAAAGGCCUAGAAUUGCCUUCUCUCAGAGGAAAGAGUGUCUCAACACAUCCUUCUCAUGCUAAGGCAAGUGGGUCUGGAGAUAAGUUAGAUCAGAGGCGGAUGGUGGCUUGCAGCCGGGAGCCCUUGGACAGGAGAGCAGAAAUAUGCUUGCCAAAUUCUAAUUGCCCAACUGGAAACGUAAAGCACCCAAAAUACCAUGAAACGGUAUCAAGGACCAGAAUGCACUCGAUAAGAAGACGAAGUAAAGAACUAAAGGGAGAGCGGUGCUCUCCAGCUGGUUCUAGCAGACCAGGAAGUGCCAAAGUGGAACCCACCCAUCCAGGGAGUGAGCCUUCAUGUAAUCGGACACAAAGAAGCAAAGGGGCAGAUAAUGAAGUCAUAGGAAGAAUUUGCUCUGGGCUCCCAUGUAAAACAGGAUUGGCAAAACCUGGGCUCAGUAAUCCAGGGGUGCAUCCUGUCCCUGGUGGGUCUCACAGGCCAAACUUGGUGAAAGCAAAAACAGCAUCUGCAAAUGUGGGUGAUCAAUUGUCCUUCUCUCCAAUGGGGCAGAAUCUGAAUAUUGAACUUCUCCCAUUAGAGAAACGGCUGAUGAUCAUUGAAAAAGAAAGAACAAGGAAAGAGUUGUUCCGGAAAAAAAACCAUGCUGCCGCUGUGAUUCAGAGGGCAUGGAGAAGUUACCAGCUACGAAAGAAACUGUCCAAGCUUUGCAGUGCUCAGCAUCAAGGUGAAGAAGAUGAGGAUGCGUGUAGACAAGAGAAAACAGCCUUUCUCUUCCAGGUUGCUAAGAAGAAACAGCUGAACCCUAAGGCCUCGAAACCAGCCUCAUCUUGUAAGACCCCCAAAUCUACCAACAAGAGCAGCUCCCUCAUCAGGCAAAACAAGCAAGCCGUCCUCAAACAAAUCUAUGGAUGCUCUCAGGAAGGGAAAGUACAUCAUUCUGUCAGACCUUCAUCCAAGCCUCCUUUCUCUGCCAUGCACCUAAACUCAGUAAGCAACCUGCAGUAUGUAAAUGUGCUUGAAAAUAAUGGAAAAUCAAGGAACUUUUCCUACAACAUGAGACCAGCUACUGAGGUGAAAACAAGAAACCAAAAAUUCAGUCACUAAAGAAUUGUCUUCAAGAGAUGGGACAUUAAAAUUGAUUCUGUUAAACAGUCAUCAAAUUUUCACAUUUCAGUCACUUAAAAAAAAAAAAAAUCUAGCCAUGAAAUGGGGCAAUGU